GCGUCACUUCCGACGCGCCGAGCCCGUGGCGCCGGCUUCCGGCCGGUGGAAUUAGGUGCUCGGCCGGCCGGUGGGCGGCUCCGCUUCGCGGGAUCCGAGGCAGCCAGGCGCCAUGUCGCUGUCCCACCUGUACCGGGACGGGGAAGGACACGACGUCGACGACGACGACGAGCGGGAGAGCUUCGAGAUCACCGACUGGGACCUCCAGAAUGAGUUCAACCCCAACAGGCAGCGCCACCGGCAGACCAAGGAGGAGGCCACGUACGGGGUGUGGGCAGAGCGCGACUCGGACGAAGAGAGGCCCAGCUUCGGGGGCAAACGGGCCCGCGACUACUCGGCCCCCGUCAGCUUCAUCAGCGCCGGGCUCAAGAAAGGGGCGGCCGAGGAGGCGGAGCUGGAGGACUCGGAGGAUGAAGAGAAGCCGGUGAAGCAGGACGACUUCCCCAAGGACUUCGGACCCAAGAAGCUCAAAACGGGCGGCAACUUUAAACCCAGCCAGAGAAGCUUCGCGGGCGGAGCCAAGUCCUUCGUGGACUUCGGCAGCUGGGAGAGACACACCAAAGGGAUCGGGCAGAAGCUGCUGCAGAAGAUGGGCUACGUCCCGGGACGGGGCCUCGGCAAGAAUGCGCAAGGCAUCAUCAACCCCAUCGAAGCCAAGCAGAGGAAGGGCAAAGGCGCCGUGGGGGCGUACGGCUCGGAGCGCACCCCGCAGUCCCUGCAGGACUUCCCCGUGGUGGACUCGGAGGACGAGGCCGAGGAGGAGUUCCAGAAGGAGCUGAGCCAGUGGAGGAAGGACCCCAGCGGGAGCAAGAAGAAGCCCAAGUACUCAUACAAGACGGUGGAGGAGCUGAAGGCCCGGGGCAGAGUCAGCAAGAAGCUCAGCGUCCCGCAGAAGGAGCUCUCGCAGGUCAAGGUCAUCGACAUGACGGGCCGCGAGCAGAAGGUGUACUACAGCUACAGCCAGAUGAGCCACAAGCACAGCGUCCCGGACGACGGGCUGCCCACGGCCACCACGCAGCAGGGCGCGGCCGGCAAGGAGACCAGGGCCCCGGGCUUCGCGCUGCCCGAGCUGGAGCACAACCUGCAGCUGCUCAUCGACCUGACGGAGCAGGAGAUCCUGCAGAGCGACCGGCGGCUGCAGUACGAGCGCGACCUGGUGGUGAACCUGUCCCACGAGCUGGACAAGGUGGCCGAGGUGCUGGCGCGGGAGGAGCGGGCCAUCGCCAACCUCGGCGGCGUCCUGGAGCUGGUGGGGGAGUGCGAGCGGCGCCUGCAGCCGCACUGCGGCGACCCCCUCACGCUGGACGAGUGCGCCCGCGUCUUCGAGACCCUGCGGGACAAGUACUACGAGGAGUACCGUGCGGCAGACCGCGGGGACCUGGCCGUGGCCGUGGUCUACCCGCUCGUGAAGGAGCACUUCAAGGACUGGGACCCCCUGCGGGACUGCACCUUCGGCACUGACGUCAUCUCCAGGUGGAAGGGCCUCCUGUCACACGGCGGGCAGGACCUCGCGUCCGAUGCCUUCCACAGGCUCAUCUGGGAGGUGUGGAUGCCCCUCGUCAGGAACAUCGGUGCCCAGUGGCAGCCCCGGAACUGCGAGCCCAUGGUGGACUUCCUGGACAGCUGGGCGCACAUCAUCCCCGCGUGGGUCCUGGACAACAUCCUGGACCAGCUCGUCUUCCCCAAGCUGCAGAAGGAGGUGGAGAACUGGAACCCGCUGACGGACACGGUGCCCAUCCACUCCUGGAUACACCCCUGGCUGCCCCUCAUGCGGGCGCGCCUGGAGCCGCUGUACUCGCCUAUCCGCAACAAGCUGGCCAGCGCCCUGCAGAAGUGGCACCCCAGCGACGCCUCGGCCAAGCUUAUCCUGCAGCCCUGGAAGGACGUCUUCUCCCCCGGCUCCUGGGAAGCCUUCAUGGUCAAGAACAUCGUGCCCAAGCUGGGCAUGUGCCUGGGGGAGCUGGUCAUCAACCCACACCAGCAGCACAUGGACGCCUUCUACUGGGCCGUCGCCUGGGAGGGGAUGGUCUCCACAUCCAGCCUGGUGGGGCUGCUCGACAAGCAUUUCUUCCCCAAGUGGCUGCAGGUGCUGUGCUCCUGGCUGAGUAACAGCCCCAACUACGAGGAGGUCACCAAGUGGUACCUGGGCUGGAAGUCCAUGUUCUCCGACCAGGUGCUGGCACACCCCUCGGUCAAGGACAAGUUCAACGAGGCGCUCGACAUCAUGAACAGGGCCGUGUCCUCCAACGUCGGAGCCUACAUGCAGCCGGGGGCGCGGGAGAACAUCGCCUACCUCACACACACGGAGCGCAGGAAGGACUUCCAGUACGAGGCCAUGCAGGAGCGGCGUGAGGCCGAGAACAUGGCGCAGCGGGGCAUCGGCGUGGCCGCCAGCUCGGUGCCCAUGAGCUUCAAGGACCUGAUCGAGGCCAAGGCGGAGGAGCACAACAUCGUGUUCAUGCCCGUCAUCGGCAAGCGCCAUGAGGGCAAGCAGCUGUACACCUUCGGCCGCAUCGCCAUCUACAUCGACCGCGGCGUGGUCUUCGUACAGGGUGAGAAGACCUGGGUGCCCACCUCGCUGCAGAGCCUCAUUGACAUGGCCAAGUAGGAAGGCCCCGGGUGCCCGGCCACGUUUGCUUCGCCGCCCCGCGCAAGUCCCAGUCGUCUGGAGGCGGCUUCCCGUCGAGUCCCCAAAACGCGCGGGGCUCCGGGAUCAGUCC